AAUGGAUUUAGAUAAUAUUUUAAAUUUCGAAACUCUUAAAUGUCACACGCAAUGUGUAAGUGUCGGAAAGCGUGUUCUGUGUGAAGAGUCGGAGGUGCCGCCGUCGAAAAAAAGACGGGAUGUAUUUAGUGUUGAUUCGUCGUUCGUCCCUCCAUCGGUAUCGGGAGUGAGGGAUAGCAGAAAGAGAGCGCCGUCAGAGGAAAGCGUCAUUUAUGUGGGGAGCGAAACACUCCCCCUAAAUCAACCACGCAGCGAGAUGGGACGCUUAAUUCUAAAAAUUAAAAAAAAUACAGCGGUGGCGGCGCAAACUUUCAAAGUAGCGGCGGAGGUGCACGCUUCUCCAAGCGUGCAAACAUCAAAACACCACUCUACAUCUUUUGAAGAUAUUUCCGACUCUGAAGACGGGACAUCUGAUCACCCUUCACUUCAAACCUGCAACAAACCCUCUAUCGAGGGUUACCCCUCUAUCGGAGAUAUAUUAAAUAUCUCCGAAUUGGGAUCAUCACCUGAAGAGGGGUUAACACAGACACAUAUAACUCAACCCCAAGCUGAAGAGGAAAUACCCAUGAAACCUAUGACUGAGACCCAAGUCUGGGAAAAAGAGCUUAUAUCGAGAACAGAGCCGUCACUCACUAAUGUAGUGACGAGAGUUCUCCAAAUCCCCAACCGCGCAGAAGCUUACCACCAAGCAUUAUGUGAGGAUUUUAAGGGAGGACUUGUGUCGGCUCUUGAACGUCAUCAAGACCGCAUUCAGGAAAGGUUAAAUGAGAAUUUAAAGGAAAGUGAACUCCUUAAAAAAGCCAUCCAAAACAUUUUUUCAUAUGGUGAAAAAAUUUCCGAGGCUUUUCACGAGGAGAAUAUCCGGCUUUCACAGGAUCUCAUUAAUAUAAAAGCUUCCCUGGCCAAUGCUGUGAGGUCAGAUUCUCGAGACUUAUUCAACAAAAAUGUCGCUGGUGAUGUCCUGAGAUGCGGGAUGCGGGAUGAAGGUGCAUAAAGCGGUAUAUGUUGUAUUCUACCCCGUAGGUGGUCCCUGCAACCCUGUAUAGUUAGUAUUAAUGAUUUUAAAAGUGUAUAUAUUGGAUCAAUAUUUGUAUUUAUGUUUAUUUUUAGUUAGUAUUAAUUAUUUUUUAAGUGUAUAUAUAUUAAAUUUUAUAUUUAUGUUUAUUUGUUUAUUUUU